AAGUAUUUGGUGUGGGGGCAAAGAAAAAGUCCGAGAAAAAGGGGUCACAUAUUCCUCUUGGUCUUGGACAUGUAAAUAGAAAGAAAUAAAGAAAGAAAAAGGCAUUGGUCAGGUUGAUCUAGUUCCCAGGGGGGAUGAAUUUGCAAAAAACAAGGUCUGGCUACGCUCAUGUGUAUCCCAUCAACUUGCCCAAGUGGGACCAACUUUUCAUACAAUUCCCACAACUCAAUACACAUCAUAAAGGAAUGCUUAUAACCACCAACAUGUUCACUUCAUAACCAUGAACUAUCUCAUUUCCACCAUCCUAUAAGUUAACCCAACACCAACACCAACACACCAAAUAUCCAUCACUCUUUCCUAAUUAUCACCUUCAAUUAACCCAACUUUAGGUUUUUCUUAUAAUAAACCUUUCUUUCUUUCCACUUUUAACUUUUACUUUGUAGACAUAUCUGUGUUUAAAAAUGGCCAUGAUCUGCUUAGAUGAGAGCACAAGUGGGUCAAUAACAUCUUCAAGUUUUACUGUGAAAAGGUCCAUGGAGAACUCAUGCCAAAUGGGUAGUGGGAGUAGUGCUAAAUCAAACUCAGAAAUUGGUAUCGAAGCGGAUUCGAAAAAGUUACCAUCUUCCAAAUACAAGGGAGUAGUUCCUCAACCCAACGGCAGAUGGGGAGCACAAAUAUACGACAAGCAUCAACGCGUGUGGUUAGGAACUUUCGAUGAGGAAGAACAAGCCGCUAAGGCCUAUGACAUUGCAGCACUAAGGUUUCGUGGCCACAAUGCCAUCACAAAUCUCCAGCACACUUUGGAGCCUCACAAAGAUGCCAAUGAAUUGUAUUUCUUGAAUUCUCAUUCAAAGGAUGAAAUUGUGGACAUGCUCCGGAAACACUCUUAUACACAUGAGCUUGAGCAAAGUGAGUACAAUAUUUGUGCGAGUCAUGGCACUAGAAAAAGAAAUAGAGAUAACUGGCUCAUGGACACACCUGUGUCUGAGUCUGAGCUAUUUGAUGUAGCAAAAGAGUACCUUUUUGAGAAGGUGGUGACACCAAGUGAUGUAGGGAAACUUAACCGCUUGGUUAUUCCUAAACAGCAAGCCGAGAAGUAUUUUCCAUUGCCUACUGAAAGUGCUGCAAAGGGUGUGCUGUUGAAUUUUGAAGAUAGUAUUGGGAAGGUGUGGAGGUUUAGAUAUUGCUAUUGGAGUAGUAGUCAGAGCUAUGUUUUAACAAAAGGGUGGAGCAAAUUUGUGAAGGAGAAGAACCUGAAAGCUGGGGAUAGAGUUAGCUUUCAGAGAUCAAUGGGGCCUGAUAAGAAGUUCUUCAUAGGAUGGAGGCCGCGAAAUGGAUCUAGUUUUGCGGAAGUGCUUGAUAAGGUAAAGUCAUCAGCCACUAUUCAAGCUGUUAAGGUGGUUAGGUUAUUUGGUGUCAACAUUUUAGAGACACCUACAAGUAGUUUUGUAACUAAUAAUAUAUAAAGAAAAAAAAAAAAAAUAUAU